AUGCUCAACUCGAAAACCUAUGCAUUGAUGCUAUUCUUUCUGGUUUUUGGACAAACAACAACUGUUGACCGGCCUGUCCAAGUUCCAGACAAAGACCAAACACUCAAGGUUUUCUGCAAGAAUUUCUGAAUUCGCAUUUCCUCUCAAUUUCCAAUAGCAGAGAGGAGCUUUGAAACAGAAAUUUCAAUCAUUAGAAGUUCAUAGAACUAAAGUCCUCUUUUUGAAAAAACAAAAUGGGAAUCUCGAUUCAGAAAAACAAACCUCCUAGCUUAUAAUAUCAAGUUGAAACUUUAUAGAAAAUUGCAGAACCUUGUGUACCGCGCGGCUGUUCCUGAAGCCAAUUCUCAGUUUGGCGACACUUAUUAUUGGGUUCCCGCCACUCAACAGUUUUCUGCGACAAGGAUAACGGUAUCCUUUAUUUGUCUGAAACUUUCUGCGGUGUUCUCAGGGAAGAAGUUCAUCCUAGACGUUCAUUACUCGGAAAAAUAA